AUGUCGUCCAAACCAGCGGCGGCUACGACUACAGCGUCACGCCUGUUCUAUCCUUUCAGGGCCCUAGGGGCGGUGACAGAUGGGCUUCCCUUCGUACUUAACCGGCGAGGAGACGAAUGCUUUCUGGCCGUGUCCAUAGAUCGAGCUUUUCAGAUCUAUCGAUGCGACCACCUCAGGGUCGUUCUCGUGUCCCCCCCGAUGAGCAAGAAGAUAACGUGCCUGGAGUCGUGGGGCAACGAGCACACCUUCGUUGGUUCUGGGCGUGAGGUGCUAGGGUGGAGGCGCUUGUCGUGCACGGGGUCCCUCGGUUCUCACCCCGGGACGGUUCGCUUCCUGCUGUGCGUCGGCAACACGCUCGUGUCUCUCUGCGAGGAGGGCCGCCUCAAGGCUUGGGAUCUCAAGCACCGCCCCGGCGGCAAGAGCAAGGGGCCCCGCGGGGGACCCCAGGGGGAAGGGGAGGGUGUCGCGGGCAAGCCGACCUGCGACGCGGCCUUGGAGGGGGGCUUCGUGCCGACAGCGCUAGCGCACCCGCCGACGUACCUGAACAAGGUCGUGGUGGGCUCGGAAGGAGGAGCCUUGCAGCUGUGGAACGUUAGGACGGGCAGGCGGGUGCACUCCUUCCAAAGCUUGGACCCUAAGGGUGCGGCGGUGAGCUGUAUCGAGCCGUCCCCCGCCCUGGACGUGGCAGCCGUUGGCCUCAGUGAUGGCCGUGUACAGGUGCUCAACCUCAGGACCGACGAGCUGCUGAUCAGCUUCAAGCAGGAGGUAGGCGUGACCAGCCUGUCCUUCAGAACGGACUCCGCCGCCGCCGAGCUGCCGCUUCUGGCUUCGGCCGGGGGGGACGGGCGCGUGUGCCUGUGGGACCUCAAGGAGCGGCGCCUGCACCACACGAUGGGGGCCCACGAGGGGGGCAUCUCCAAGCUGCAGUUCUUGCCCAGGGAGCCGGUGCUGGUAAGCAGCGGAACGGACAACUGCAUCAAGAUGUGGGUUUUCGACUCUCCAGACGGGACGGCCAGGCUCCUGAGGAGUAGGGAAGGCCACCGCGCGCCCCCUCGCGCUGUCCGGUACUACGGCAACACCACUCUCGCCACCAUGGGAGAGGGGGCGGACGCGACGGCACUGUGUGUCCUGUCGGCUGGCACCGACCGUUCUUUCAGGGUCUUCCACACCGUCAGGGAUUGCCUGAGCCAGGAACUUUCCCAGAAGCCGCUCGUCAAGGUGGCUACCCGACACCGGGUGACGACACAGGACGACUUUAAGCUCCGGCCGGUGUUGUGCUUCGCCGCCAGCGAGACCCGGGCUAGAGACUGGUGCAAUAUCAUCACCUGCCACGAGGAAGACAGCAAUGCCUACGUGUGGAGCUACGCCAAACGUGCCGUCGGCACCCACGUGCUGAGGCAAAAGCACUGGCCUGGCAACGCCAUGAUGCACCCUCCGGACCCAAACACGUUCGCCACGUCGGUUGCGAUCAGUGGCUGCGGCAACUAUGGCCUGGUGGGCACGAGGGGCGGCCACGUGUUCCGCUACAACAUGCAGUCGGGACAGCCGAGAGGGUCGUACCCCCAGUCCGCGACCCCGUCUGCGAAGGCGGUGAAGGCCCUGACUAACGUCAUGAAGCCGGGGUCCAUCGCUAAGAUCACGUCUGAUGGCUUCUCCAGCAAGAGAAUAGCUGCGACGGAGGCGGCGGCCGCCAAAGUAAGGGCGGGCGCGAAGGCCGGGUCCUGGCGGGGGCACCGUGGUGCCGUUUCCGGAGUCGGGGUGGACGCCGUCAACAAGACCAUGGUGUCGGCGGGGGUCGACGGCCUCCUGGUGUUCUGGGCCUUCAAGGAGAAGAGGGCGGACGGUGCUGUCGCUGUGGGUUCGGGCGUGUCGCAGCUCGAGCUGGUGCGAGAUACAGAGCUCGUCGCGUUGGCGUGUGACGACAUGGUCGUCCGGCUCUACGAUCUGGCCACCCGAAAGCUGGUGAGGAGGCUGGAGGGGCACACGAACCACCUCACCGACAUGUGCUUCACCCCGGACGCGAGACGCUUGGUGACGUCAUCCAUGGAUCACACCGUCCGAAUAUGGGAUCUCCCGACAGGUCGAACGGUGGAUUGGAUGUCGUUCAAGAAGGCCGUCACGGGGGUCACCGUGUCUCCCACCGGAGAGUUCAUGUGCACCAGCCACCACGGAAGGGUGGGGCUCAGCGUCUGGGCGGACCAGAGCUUCUUCCAGCCGGUGUAUCUGGACAAGAUUCCGACGGUUCCGUUUAAGAUGGACGAACCGGCACCUCUGGUGGAAGACAGCACUGCGCUGGAGGGAGGCCCCGGACAGUCCACAACCGCCCUCCACGGCGAGUACCGCCAGGAUAAGAGAGCCUUGAGAGGAGCGAGAGCGUCUCUGGGGGGGGAUAGAGGCGAGGGUUGGCAAGCCGAAGCAGACGCAGAUCCCGAAGGCGCGGAGGCCGGCGGAACCAAAGCCAUCACCCUGAGCUCCCUGCCGCGGGGCUACUGGACAACCCUGUUCAACCUGGAGGUGGUGAAGGCGAGGAAUCGGCCGAUAGAGCCGCCCAAGAAGCCGGAAGCGGCCCCGUUUUUCCUCACGACCGUGCACAAGGGGGGGGAGGUGGCCCCCUCGUUUCCGGAAAUAGGUACCCUCGCCGCGGCGGCGGCGGUGGGUGAAGGGAAGUCAAGGGUGGCGGGUGCAGAGGAGGCGGUGUCUCGUGGGGAUGGGGUCGAGGAUGAAGAAGAUGUCCCGGACUUGCCAUCCGGCGGCGGGGGGGACGCUUGGUCUGACGACGAUGACGACACCGAUGGCAACGGAGAAGGUGCAGCAGCAGCAGCUGCAGCGUCUGCGGAGGGUGGGGCCGAGGUCGGAAGGAAGCGGAAGUUGGGUGUAGGCACCGAAGAAGAGCGUUCCUCGCCGCCCGCGGCGGCUGGUGCUGAUGCUCGUGCUGUCGCUCCGAAAUCGAAGAUUCUCAAGCAGAUCAAGAGCUCCGCGAGGUUCGGCGGCGGCGGCCCUUCGCGCUGCAAGCUCGCCGACCUGCUUCUGGAGGGCGAACAAGGUAGUCGUGCGGCGGACGGCAUGGACGAGGAGGACGACGAAGAGGAGGAAGAGCGAGGGUGUCAGAAGAAGCACCCGUUUGGCGCUGUCAUGACGUACCUCAAGACGCUGGCACCGCCCAUGGUUGACGUGGAGAUGAGCCUGCUCUGCCAGGGGGAUUGGGAUGAGGAUGGCGUGCAUCUGGUUGCGCUCGCGGUUCAGUUUCUUCUGGGAGAGCUAAGAUCGAAGCGGAACUUCGAGGUGGUCCAGGCCUACCUGCACCGCUUCCUCAAGCACUACGCAGACCUCAUCAUGACUACCCCGGACCUGCGGGAAGCAUCGAAAGCACUUCGGGACGAGCAGGAGGACAGCUCGAAGAGGAUUAAGCAGCUCGUGCAACAUAGCCUGUGCCUCGUGGGGUACUUGAGCAAUCUGCAAUCGUGACCUCGAUUUGGCUUGAAGGAAACAAGGAAACGGAUGUCUCAUUUGAACAGAACGCUUUUCGUCUUCCCUUGCCUUCAUGAUGAGGGCGCUUUGCCGCGCCCUUUGCGGGUGUUUCGUAGCAACUCACCACGCCUCACGGCGUGUUGGGUGGGUGAGCCCAGGAUCGUGUGUGUGUGUUUAU